AUGACGUCUAGCAUUAUUUGGCCCAAGCAAUAUCUACCCGGAACAACUGACAACUACGUCUCUAACGAGAUCUUCGUGCCUGGCAUCACCGCCGAGGAGGUGUGGGCAAAUCUUUCCGACAUCACAAAGUGGGAGUCCUACUACGAGAAUGUCGGCCAAAUCACCCCUCCGGCUACUGGCCCGAAUUUGAAGAAGGGGGACAGCUUCAAAUUUUCCACUUUUGGAUUUCCUCCGCUGCAGUCUGAGGUAUGGGAGUCUGUAGCUCCCACCGCGACUACGCCGGGCCGUCUCGCAUGGCGUUCUCACCAAGAAGGUGACGAGGACAGUGCGCUGGAGGUGUAUCAUGCGUGGAUUAUCGAAAAUACUGAAUGGGACGUUGUGCGUAUCUUGACUCAGGAAUCGCAGAUUGGAAAGCCCGCGGCCCAGCUGACCACCAAGAGGCCAAAUCCGAUGCUGCUGGGACAUCAAGACUGGGUCACCGGUCUUGCCCAAAUCACCAAGAGGGGAAAUUGA